AUGUUCGAAGAUACUGAAAUUAAGGAUUCAGUACCUCGUGAAUGCAUCACAGUUCAUUUUUUGGCAAAUCCACAAGAUUGUCAUGAAAUAGACAUGUGUUUACCUAUUUUUCAGAUUAAAAUUCAUCUCUCGACUGCAAUCAUCGCAACUCCCACAACCAGAAGCAUUCCGCAAGAAAUUAUUAAAUAUCAAACUGAAAGAAUGUCAUGCGAGAGACGCAUGUUGUUGAGUCCACAAACAGUUUGCUCCAUAAAGCAUGAUUUCAAAAUAUAUCCAACGCUCGACAACAAACGCAGACAAAAAAUGUCGAGUCGUGCAUAUGAAAAAUUAGCAUUCAAAAAUCAUUUUUCUGUGCCUUUUUUUUCUGUGGAGAACUUUUCGAAAGCGAAAGACUUUUGCACAAAUAUUAAAGUACAUUAG